AUGCUCCCGCCACGCCACCUCCCCAGCACCCUCUCCCUCACGCACCUGCUACCACUCCUCCUCCUCCUCCUCCUCCUCCUCCUCUCGCACGCCGCACACGCCAACUUCCUCGACCGCUACAGCCGCUGCAAGAAGCUGUGGCACCACCUCGACCCGCGCGCCAGCGUCAUCGUGCGCAUCGCCGACCUCGCCGGCGCAUGGCCGCUCGAGAUGGCGCCGUGGGACUUUGUCGACUACGUGACGCGCGCGUGCCCGUCCGAUCAGCGCGCGUGCUUCCGCCGUGCCAUGGCCGUGCCGGGCACCAUCAUGCUCGCCGACGACCGCGCCCCCGUGCGCACCAAUGUCAGCGUCACCCUCGAGGGCGUCUUUGAUGUCCACCGCAGUUCUCUCUCGGGCGGUGGUCGCGAUGACCUCGUGCGCAUGCUGGCCUUGUUGCUGCGGCGCUUGUAUAACCCCCAGCGCACCUUGUUCGCCGAGUAUGAGAGUCGCAAUCCCGAGACGAACAAGACCUCUGUCGUAUACCGCCCCAUAUACCACGCUCCCGCAGCCAUCGGCGUCGGCGUCGGCUUCCACCCUUGGCAAGCAAAAUACUGGCUCUCCAUCCAAGUCGACGGCCACUCCUCCCGUCCUGCGCCCAGCGGCCAGUGCCGCUACUUCAAGGAUCACGCCCUCGACGACUACUAUCACGACCUGAGGACGCGCCUGAGUCGCUUGCGCCGCCUCGGCUACGUGAAGUGCCUGUGGCCUGGGGACCUGUCAGAGCCUACCUUACCGCUCGACUACGAGAGCCCAGCCGACAAGAUUGUCGAGAGAGAUCGGGCCGAGCUUCAGAACCGCCGUGAGAAUCCAGAAGAGCAGUGA